CGGUGAGGUGGGGCGCGCAGGGCGGUGCCCGCGCAGUCUGCACCAUGGCUUAUCCCGGGCACCCAGGCGCCGGCGGCGGGUACUACCCAGGUGGGUAUGGAGGGGCUCCCGGAGGGCCUUCGUUCCCUGGCCAAACCCAGGAUCCGCUGUAUGGUUACUUUGCUGCGGUAGCUGGACAGGAUGGACAAAUAGAUGCUGAUGAAUUGCAGAGGUGCCUGACACAGUCGGGCAUUGCUGGGGGAUACAAACCUUUUAACCUGGAGACUUGUCGGCUUAUGGUUUCAAUGCUGGAUAGAGAUCUGUCAGGCACGAUGGGUUUCAGUGAAUUUAAAGAACUCUGGUCUGUACUGAACGGCUGGAGGCAACACUUCCUCAGUUUUGACAGCGAUAGAAGUGGAACCAUAGACCCUCAAGAGCUGCAGAAGGCCCUGACGGCAAUGGGAUUUCGGUUGAGUCCCCAGGCCGUGAAUUCAAUUGCAAAACGAUACAGCACCAACGGAAAGAUCACCUUUGACGACUACAUCUCCUGCUGCGUCAAGCUGCGAGCUCUGACAGACAACUUUCGAAGACGGGACUCUGGUCAGCAAGGUGUUGUGAAUUUCCCGUAUGAUGAUUUCAUUCAGUGCGUCAUGAGUAUUUAAACCAGGAGGAAGCCAUGUGAACGGAACCGACAUUCCAGCGGCAGUUCGCCUCGCUCUUACUCCCUGCCUGCAGGAACACGCGGAAACGUGCGUCGCUGCUUUUCCUUAGCCGUUGUUGUAAAGGUGCAUUACUUUAUGUACAUCCGAAAAUUUUGUUUUCAGUUUAGAUAAUAAAGGCUGGAAUUGUAUUAAUACAAGAUCAGUUCUGUUACACUGUUUAGAAUUUCCUUAAGCCAUUGUCAUAUGCCUUAUUUUCUUGCUAAACCUGAUUUAUGUAAUUUUAAGUAUGCGAAAUGUGUAGGGCACUAAAACCUUUUCAUCAGACUACAGCUGUUGUCAUUCCUCUCCUACAAGGGCUUUUGCAUGGUACUGAAAGCUUGAUGUGUGGAGUAUUCUUAUCUUGUAAAAUGGUUUAGACCUACUUGGAUGUGAAAAAGACCAUGGUAAUCCAUGCCAGAGUUUUCCUUAAUGGAAAUUUAACAUAGGCUUUAAGGCUUACAGAUGUUCUGAUGGCUUUAAAGAUGGACGGGAACAUGAGUGAUUAUUUUCUGCCUUUCAAAAAUCUACUUAAUAAUUUGAGUGGCAAACACUGUCACCAAGAUCUUUGUCAUCAUCCUCAUAGACCUUUAUUAACCAUACUUAAAAACCUUGUACAUGACGGGUUUAACUAUGUAAAAAAGAAAAUUAAUAGAAAAAGACUAAGGGACUAUUUGAAAAUUUUAACUAUAAUUAUUUUGGCUAAUAGAAUUCUAGGUGAUUUAAAUUCCUUGAUAUGUUUCAGUAUUUUCUGGGUUUUCUAUAAUGUGCUUUCCUUUUAAAAUCAAAUGUUAGUUUUUUUUAUUACUGAUGCUUCCAUUUUGAUAUGCCAUGCGUUCAUGCAUUAAAAAAGUACAGCAAAAGGUCUGGAAAGAGUGCACCAGAAUGUUCAUGAGACUGCCUGCCGCUGGGAGUCAGGCUCAUGAGCUCAUUUUCAUCCUUCCUGCUACUUUUCAGAAUGUUCUCUGAUAAGCAAGAAUUGCAUUUAUAAUGGAGGUCUUUAUAAAAAAAAAAAUUUCAACCAUGUGCUUUUAAGUAAGAUCUGGAUUCUAAUGCUGGCUCUGCCUCUAACUAUAUAUGUGGUUUGAUCAUUUUAGAUAAUCUCAGAGCCUCAGUUUCCCCAUCUUUGAAAAGGAGAUAAUUCUUAACCUCCUGGGGUAAAUCUGAAUAUGAAAAAUGUGUUGGUAUAAUAAAUGCCAAUAAUGUUUCUGUUUCUUAAAGUGGGCCCAAUUUGUUCUUUUUGCAAGAGAGCUUAACAGAUAAAAUAAUGAAAUUAGUCUGUUUUCUCCCUGCUGGCAGAAUACCUCUCUGAUUUUAGGGCACAACCUGAUGGCUACCAUUCUGAGGUCAACCAAUGAAAAUAAAAACAUUUCAAAGCAUCUUUAGCCACACUUCACUAGUUAUUUUUUCAAAUAUUGCUAAAAACAUUCAUUUUAUACAUAUUUAUGUAACCCUAAUUUAUGUAUUUAUGUCACGUAGUCACACCUGGCUAUAUAUUACAAUGGAAUGCAGCCUGCUUUAUAUACGGUGGGGCAAAAGUAGGCUUACAGUUGUGAGUACAUGAGUUUAUUCUUGUAUUAUUUAUUAUUGUAUCUUUCCAUACACACAACUAUAAGCCUACUUUUGCUCCAUCCUGUAAUAUGGAGUGAGUGUAGGUUCAUUCUAGAUUAACAUUGUCUGACGCCACAAAGCUUGGCUUUCCAGAAAAGGGUCAAGGAGGGCUCAGAGGACCAGGAGGCAGGGACCCCCUCAGUCCCAGCUCUGUGCUUCGACUUCACCAGGCUCCUCUGAGGAAGUCACGGUUUAAGGGAAGGGUCAUUUUCUGGAUGGCUACGUGGUGCGGAAGAAGACCCUUGCUGACUCAGGGUUUUGGGCCGUACCUGAGCCAUCCGACUGCCUUGGUAAGUCCCAAGGUGUGCUGCUUCAGUCAUGGUUCUGAAUUUGCUUUUGGUUAAGUGCCAAAGUAUUCCAAAACUAUGUCUCUAGAAAUACUCAAUUCAGUUUCAAUUAUUGAUACCUUGUAACAAGUCUUACCUCCUCCACUUCUCCUUUUGCUGUUUCUGAAAGCCUGGAGCCUAAUCUUGAGCAUGUCUCUGCAGUUAGAGAGCUUCUCUCCCCUUGAGGGAUUUGAUGUAUAUAUCCCUUCUUUAAUUACACCAAAGUCUUCAUUACAAGUGAAUCUCGUGUUGCCUUAUUUCUAUUUUAUGCUGGGUUCUGUGUUUCAUUCACUAUAGGCUUCCAGUGCAACCUCACCCACUUUACACCUGUUUCUUCGUCUGUUUUUUCUUAAAGCAUGGUAAAACUGUGAGGUCAAACCUGAAUACUGCAAUUAUUUGGAGAAUUAAGUUCAAGUCACCCCGAGUCACUAUUUAAUUUAAUUUUACAGAUGUGUGCUUUAGCCUUGUGCUUCAAGAGAUUCAUGAGUCAUGAAGUACUUAUCACUCUUGUCAAGCACUUCCAUAGGAUGUGGCUACAAGAGGCCUGGUGCUUCCCUGGGGACAGCUGGCACACAGCAGUCUCCCCUGCUGAGCCAAAGUGGAGUUUAGGCUCCACUUGCACGUGUGGUUCCAGGUGGGGCCUUCCGCCCAUGAGGUGGUGUGUAAGCUAAAACUUCUGCUCUUCCUGACCUGGACUUGGCUUUCACUCAGCUGAGUGUGUUCGUUUCAGUGUUCAUCUUAGCGAGCAAUUAUAUAUGCCUAAAAUAUUACAAAUACAAGAAAUGGAGCUCUAUGUAAUCAUGAAUUUUUUUGCUCAUAAUAAAUGUACAAGCCCUUUAUCGAUGACUUCUAUUUUUCUCACAUAUAACUACUUUUUUCUUCAGCAGACUAAGAGCUAAAGGCAAGGGAAGGAAGGGCAAGUGCCAGGGUAAAGACUGAGGGGUGGAAUGACUGCUCGGGAGACCAUGAA